CAUCAAGAAAACUACACGAGGAACCAGCCAACACGUGCUUCAUAAUAUAUAAAAUAAAUAUAUGAGAAGAAAAACAAAUUUUAAAAAAUGCUUGAACAACCUGUUUUGACAAAUUCAAAAAAAGACUGGGGUGUCCCGCCAGAAAAACAGAAUCCCCUGCUACAAACUCUUGGAGCGCCUCAUCUAGACUCGUUCAAUUACAUGCUGGAGGAAGGCCUAGACCUCAGCGCCAAAGAUAUUGUUCCAGUUUACGUGAAAUUAUCCAAUGAGGACAGAAUCAAAUUAUGGAUCGACGACAUCGAGAUCCACCAGCCGCGAGUUCCUCCAGGUUCCAUCGGUGUCAAGAAUCAAAAAAUUUACCCCACAGAAUGUCGGCAACGAGGUUCUACAUACAAAGGAAAACUAAUUACCAAAGUCGCCUGGUCUGUGAACGGCUCGCAGCAGGAAACUCUAGAAAAAGAUCUUGGAGAGGUUCCGAUAAUGGUCAAGUCCAACAGGUGCAACUUGUACGGCAUGAACCCAAAGCAGCUGGUCAAGCACAAGGAACACGAGCAAGAAUGGGGCGGGUAUUUUAUCAUCAAGGGUCAUGAGAGGUUGAUAAGAAUGCUGCAGAUGAACCGCAGGAAUUAUCCCAUUGCCAUCAAAAGGUCGGGGUGGAAAGCCCGUGGGGAAGAUUACAGUGACCUGGGACUGAACAUCAGGUGCGUAAAAGACGACAACACUGCGACCACAAACACUCUCCAUUACGUCACCGAUGGUUCUGUCAAAUUCAUGUUCACUCACCGCAAAACUCCGUACCAUAUUCCAGUCAUCAUGGUCCUCAAGUGCCUCUACGACGCGACUGACUACUGGAUCUACAAGGCGCUGAUACGAGGUCGCGAGGAUGAUUUUUAUUAUAUGGGUUGUGUUCAAAAUAUGUUGCGAUACAUUCAUAAAGAAGGUCUCCAUACUUCUCAGGAUGUUAAGAAUUACGUUGGCAAGAUGUUCAAGAUUAAAUUCCGCGAGCUUCCUGAUGACACGCCCAACUCUGUGGUAUGCGACUUCAUAAUGGAAAAGUGCGUGCUGAUACAUCUAGAUGACCCGGAGGACAAGUUCCAGCUGCUGGCUUUCAUGACUCAGAAGUUAUUUGUCUUAGCUAACGAGGGCUGCGCCGUCGAGGGCGCGGAUGCGGUGAUGAUGCAGGAGUGUCUUCUUGGAGGGCACAUUUACUUCCAGGUCUUGAAAGAGAAGUUGUACUCAUGGUUGAAUAUUUUGAAGGCAGUAAUUCUUAAGCGGAAUAAAAGUGUCGGCAGCACCUUCAAGCUAACGGUCAAUGAGAUGCUGACUGCGAUGAAACACACGGGGUCACUGGAUGCUCAGAUGGAAAACUUCCUGGCGACUGGUAACAUCAAGACUGACAGUGGACUUGGUCUGAUGCAGAACACCGGGCUGACGAUCGUUGCAGAAAACAUCAACAGGAUGCGGUACAUGAGUCACUUCAGAGCGAUCCAUCGCGGGUCUUUCUUCCAGGAAAUGAGAACCACGGAAGCGAGACAGCUGCUGCCUGAUGCCUGGGGGUUCAUCUGUCCUGUGCACACUCCCGAUGGUGCUCCUUGCGGGCUGCUGAAUCACCUGGCCAUGGACUGCAUCGUGACCAAGCAACCGAAGAGAGAGCUGAUAAAUAAAAUCCCUCAGGAGUUGGUGGCACUUGGGAUGUUGCCUCUGGAAAUAAUCGACGACUGGAAAAACUCGUACACUGUGAUGCUGGACGGCAAAGUCCUGGGUAUAAUCUACGACAGCAAGAUCAUGAGGAUCACUAAAGAGCUGCGUAAGUUAAAAAUAAAAGGGACUGUGAUUCCCAACACAACGGAAAUUGUCUUGAUACCCAAGAGAGGAGAUUUGCCGACGCAGUAUCCGGGUCUGUUUCUUUUUACUGGACCCGCCAGGAUGAUGAGACCGGUCUGGAAUCUUCAGGUGGGAGAGAAAGAGUUAAUUGGCACAUUCGAGCAGGUUUACUUGGACAUCGCGGUGGUGAAAGCAGAGAGACACGAGGUGACAACUCACCAGGAAAUUACCAAGACUUCUUUUCUCAGUAACAUUGCGCGUUUAAUCCCGAUGCCGGAUUGCAAUCAGAGUCCGCGUAAUAUGUACCAGUGUCAGAUGGGUAAGCAGACCAUGGGGACUUGCAGUCAUAUUCACCAGCUGCAAUCUGAGUGCAAGUUGUACCGGCUUCAAACACCAGCGACUCCACUGUUCAGACCAGUUCAUCAUGACAACAUAAAUCUUGAUGACUUUGCUAUGGGCACCAAUGCCAUAGUCGCUGUAAUUUCUUACACGGGGUACGAUAUGGAGGACGCUAUGGUUAUCAACAAGUCGGCAUACGAGCGUGGAUUUGCUCAUGGUAUGGUUUAUAAAUCGGAGUUUGUUGACUUGAACAGCGCGGAGAGUUUCUUUCGUUGCGACCCCGAUAGGCCGGAGCUGAGGAAGACUUUGGAUGCUGAUGGGUUUCCUAAUCCUGGAACGAGGAUAACGUUGGACGACGUCUACUACUGUAUGUACGACGGCGAGGAAGGGAGAUACGUAACCGGCAAAUGGAAGUCCAAAGAAGACGCUUACGUUGAUAACGUCAGAUUAUGCGGAACUUUGAGCAGCAAAGAAGUAAAACGCGCGUGUAUAACUUUCCGGGUCUCCAGAAACCCGAAUGUCGGUGACAAGUUUGCGUCUCGUGCUGGACAGAAAGGAAUCUGUUCUAUAAAAUUCCCCGCGGAGGAUCUGCCGUUCACGGAAACGGGAAUGAUUCCUGACAUCAUUUUCAACCCUCACGGGUUUCCAAGUCGGAUGACAAUUGCUAUGAUGAUUGAAUUUCUGGCGGGUAAAUCUGCAGCGACUCAUGGACUGGUUCAUGACGCCACACCCUUCAGGUUCAACGAAAACCAAACGGCCAUCGACUACUUCGGCCGAUGCCUCGAGAUCGGAGGCUUCAAUUACUAUGGCACUGAAAAAAUGUACUCGGGUACCGAUGGCAGGAUCAUGGACGCUGCGAUUUUCAUGGGAGUGGUCCACUACCAGAGACUGAGGCAUAUGGUGGAGGACAAGGCUCAAGUCCGGAGCACCGGGCCCAUUGAUGUCCUCACCCAGCAGCCGAUCAAAGGAAGACGUCGUGGUGGCGGAGUUCGUUUCGGUGAAAUGGAGCGCGACGCUCUGAUAGCUCACGGCUGCUCUUUCCUUCUUCGCGACAGACUUUUCCACUGCUCUGACAAGUCCACGGCGUUGGUGUGUCGCAAGUGCGGAAGUCUUCUGGGUCCAGUUACUGAGUUCCUUCCUGUCUUUGGGGACAAACGGUCCAGCUGCCGGCUGUGUGACAGCGACAAGGAUUUAUAUGAUAUAGACAUUCCUUACAUAUUCCGAUACUUUGUGACCGAACUUGCCUCGCUUAACAUUAAAGUUAAACUUGAUUUUAAUUUCGUGUGAUUUAUAAUUUAAUAUUUAGUUCAUUUUAAUAAAUUUCAUAAAAUAACAUUUUUUUCACAAGAAAUUUUUUUUAAAACUUUAUAUUUGUGUAAUAUAUUUU